GGGCGAGAGAGGGAGGUGGCUCAACAAUAGAGGCAGGAGCGCUCCCAGCUACAGUCAGAAGCAAGCAGACACAUCAAGCUGAAGGAGCGUAGCUGCAGCGGUCGAAACAGAAGGGCUUGUUUAGGUUUUUAGGUGGAAACAUCUCAUCCCUUUCAUAUAGUACGGGGUUGAGCUCCGAGCCCUUUGAGUAGAUUUUUCUGCUGUGGGGGAAACAGACCUGGAUGCCCGUUGACUUGGUGAUCCCUCCUCCACUGUGGACAGACAUGCACGAGAGCGAGAUGAGGCUGAAGAUGCGUGUCAGGCGCAUCAAAGAGAAACGAGACCUGAGAGGUGGCUUUGCAGCUUUCUCGUCUUGUUUUCCUGAUCUGUGUGAGAGUAAACCAGCCACUCUUCUGCCCCUCAGCCUGUCCCAGCCCUGUCUACCCGUGCCCAACAUUGGUCCCACACGCAUAUUGCCCCAUCUGUACCUGGGCUCCCAGAGAGACGUUCUCAACAAGGAACUGAUGACGCAAAAUGGAAUCACUUAUGUCCUGAAUGCCAGUAAUACUUGUCCCAAACCUGACUUCAUCAGUGACAACCACUUCAUGCGCAUUCCCGUCAAUGACAGUUACUGUGAGAAGCUGCUUCCCUGGUUGGAGAAAACCAAUGAGUUUAUUGACAAAGCCAAGGUGUCAAACUGCAGAGUCAUCGUCCACUGCUUGGCUGGCAUAUCCCGCUCUGCGACCAUUGCCAUCGCAUAUAUCAUGAAAACUAUGGGCCUGUCAUCGGAUGAUGCCUAUAGAUUUGUGAAGGAUCGUCGUCCAUCAAUAUCUCCAAAUUUCAACUUCCUGGGUCAGCUGCUGGAGUUCGAGAGAGCAUUGCAGUUAAAAACUGCACCCUGUGACCCCAUGAGGUUAGCAGCGAAACACCAUGAAGAGGUGGAAGAGGUCAAAAGCACAAAUGAUGAUGAUCGCUUCGAGCAGAGGACUCCAGAACCUACAAAGAUCACCGCAAAGCCUCCGUCGCCCAUCUCGCUACAGAAAGACCUGAGCUCCCUUCACCUGUCCUCCGAGCGAAUCCUUCAAAACAGAAGGCUCAAGUGCUCCUUCUCCCUCGAUAUAAAAUCCGUCUACUCCUCAAGCCAAAACCAGCGAUCCUCUCCUAAUCCCCCACCAUCAGACUCACAAAACACACCCAAGCUGUGCAGACUCAACAGCUUAAACACCAGCAAUAAUGUGUGUCAGCAUCCUUCGACGACAGACUUUUCAAGCUCUUUAGAGUCGCAGUGUACCGCUGUGAAUGGCAAGUCUAGAAUAAGCCCGCAAAGAGAGAAGCGAGAAAUCAGCAGCUUUGAAAGGUUAUCCGCUACCACGCCGUCUCUCAAUCUGAACCAAAGUAAUUGUGGGCCAAGACCCCAGGAUUCCAUUUGUGAGACCAACGCGAAAACACCUUCAUUUCUCAGCUUGCCGCUGGGUACAUCUUCUACUUGGACGACGCACAGAGGCUCGAAUCAGGCAACUACCCCCAUCACACCAACGGGUGAGUGCCCUUGGUUCUUCGGCUCUAAUUUGGCACCAUCUGGAACGACUUCAGGGAGCUCUGUGCAUUUUGGCACCGGUCCUGCUUACGUGGCUUUUAGCUGCGGCGGCCAAGCUGGCACCUCCAACACCGGCAUACAUCUUAGAGACAAAACACAGGAGCAGCGGGACUUUCAGAACAGCUGGCUGGAGGAAGGAAAAGUGGUGGUGUGUAGCGUAUCGCAAGUGGACACCAAGUACAAGCGCCGCAGCUGCCAGAUGGAGUUUGAAGAGGGUAUUAACACAACGCAAAGCAGUGAGGAAUUUGGGAAGCUGGGGAAGCAAUCCAGUUUCUCUGGUAGCAUGGAGGUCAUUGAGGUAUCGUGACAAAGAUGAGAAUAAACUGGUCUUGUCUGCCAAAUAUGCAAUAACCCAAGUGAAAUGAUUAAGGACUAUAAAAAACAGGAAAGCUUUAGGUGUCCAUUGUUGUGAUGUGAUCUCCGGAGUUAUGGAGCUGAAUUUUAGAGAGCUUACAGACUGCACGAUAUGUAUUUAUGCCAAAGACCUCACAGAACAACCUCCUUAUUUUGACAAUGGUACAUACAUGCAUCGCAAUGAAGGACAGAAAAGCACACAAUUUUAUUCUAGCAUGACCAUAUACGAAGACAUUAAACAUGAAUGAAUGACAUGAGUGUGUGUGUUCAUGCAGAUUUGAUGCAAAUUAGAGCAAUCGCACUUAAAGGGUAACUCACCUCUGCCUGAGGGGGAACUGUAUGUUUGCCCAACUUUAAAAUUGCUGUUGCGACAUGUAUUUGUUUUAUUUAGCUAUAAAAUGAGGGCAUUUGCAUUCGACGACGUCACUAUUCAGUGUUAUAUCAUUUUAUCUACGAUGUAAAAGAGUGAAAAUAUGAAGUGUAUGUUUAAGCUGAGAUACUCUCAGACCCACUACUGUGCACUGAGCAUGCUCAGAAUGGCUGGCUACCUACAAGACAAGCUGCAUCCAGCAGCACUUUGUACUAAGCUGUAAAUCUAGACAUAUUUACAUACGAAUGUGUAAAAGAAAUUUACUUUGUUGUUAAUGGUUUAUUUAAAGUUUCACGCGUUGUUGCUUUAAUUUAUUGUAUGUAUUGGUUUCAUUCUGGCAAUGAGCAAUAAUAUAUUAUUUGAAAAAA